AUUCGCCGCGCGACCCUCCGCGCACGCGCCUUCUCGCGAGUGACAGUUCAGUGACAGUUGACAGUUAACCCCCCAAAUGGCGGCGAAAUUUUACGUGCUAUGUGUGGUGCUAGCGACAGGGAUGGUGGGUGGUGCGCGGCCCCGCCCACGCCUGCAACAACCGAUCGAGGAAUACGAUUACGAGCCGCAAGGACAGCAGAGAGCUGCCGGUGACCAGGUGGUUUUAGUGCCAGCUGAUGCGUAUGACACAUUGUACAGAGCUACCGACCGCCUGGACGAUGAAUACGAACCGAGAGCUCUCCAGCGUGCACCAGCCAGGACCAAGCAGUCACAGAUACAGGAAGGUCCUAAGCAACCGCCGGUCCAAACCAUCAGGAACUACAACAAGGUGAACGAUGACGGCAGUUUCACAUUCGGCUACGAAGCCGCCGACGGUUCUUUCAAGGAAGAGACCAGAGGCACUGACUGCGUGGUCCGCGGCAAGUACGGCUACAUAGACCCCGACGGCAACAAAAGGGAAUUCACAUACGUAUCCGGCAACCCUUGUGACCCCAACAAACCCGACGAGGAGGAGCAAGACGUUCCCGCCCCUGACUCUGCCGAAAGAGACGACCCCGAACCUAAUUACCCUGUCAGAACCGUCCACAGACCUACGACACCUCGACCGACCACUACUUACUUCCAAAACGACUUCAGAGACGCCGACGAGGACGAAGUUGAAGAAGAACCUCUCCAGCACAUCAGACAGAGAGUUGUGCAGCGACCCGCUAUUAGAAGACCGGCUUACCAGGCGCAACAGAUCGCUAUCACACCUCGUCCUCUCCCCGUCACAACACCCCGGGCUUUGCCACCGGCGACAACCUUCAGACCGCAGAUCGUCCAGGUGACCGCGAAACCUCAGAUUCAGUACAGCCCGGAACCGAGUUACGCGCCUUCCCCCGCUCCGAGCUACUCUCCCUCCCCGGCACCUCUGAUCACCACCUCCCGACCCGGUCAGAUCGACUUCGCUGCCGAGUUUGCCAAGUUCCACCGCGAGAACCAGCUACAAUCUUCGACCGCUCCGUCUGUGACACCAUCGAAAUCUACCGCCGCAUCCCCGGCGCCAAGCGGAAACCCUCUCUACUCGACUGAACUGGUCUACGAUCCUUCAAGCGGCUCGUACAACACACAACUGUUCCAAACGCUGCCGCAGACCAAGGGUGAAUUGAAUUUGAACCAACGUCUGCAGCCGUACGUCGCUCAACAGCAACCUUCGGCAAGACCGUUCGUUCCAUCUCCACAGAUACCCUCGGUACCGUCUUCUCCAGCCAGUGUGCCUCUGUUUAGACACCAGAUUCAGCAUGCAAAUCCCCAGGAAGUAUACCAGAGACAGCAGGCUGAGAACCAGUUCCAAAACUCACAGCAGUUGUUCGCUCAGCAGCAGCAGCUGCAACAGACCCAGCUACAGCGUGACCGUGCGGCGGCCCGCGCACAGGCGCAGAGACUAGCACUGUCGUCGCAGGCGCAGGCGCCGCAGCGCGCGGUGGCGUCCCCUCAGUACUACUACGUGGCGCCGCGCGGGGAAUCCGCGUCCUCCGGGCAAAUCGACGCCUUCCUUAGAGGACACGGCAUUCAGUUCUAGUUAGUUCAUAACGGUCGAGCUAGAUGAGACCGACCGUACUCUGUCGACUUUAAUCGAUUAUCCGUUUUUUGAACGAAAUUAAGAUAUUCGCUAUUGUUUAUAAAUUUUCGAUGACUCGUAUCGAUUAAAAUCGUUAGUGUGCGUCAGGUUCGAUUCGCCACCGUAUGCGUUCCGAGUCCAGGCCAUAAUCCCGAAGGAUCGGGGUACAGUAGAACGCGUGUGAGUGUCGUGUCUAGUUGUGAACUGUGGCCCGUGCGGCCGUCCCUGUACAUACACUGUGUCUGACAGUACUUUAACGUUACACUAGUAAACUUAGUAUUAAGUAUAAAGUAUACAAAAUGGUUCUUGUGCGUGAUAGUCCGCUGAGAGAUAAUGUAAAAACUGACAAAUGGUAAUUUGUAUUUUUGUUUUUGAUAAUAAAUUAUAUUUUUUGUAAU